AUGGACUGGGUAAAGAGGAGAAAGUUAUCUUUUAUAGAUCAGAUCUUCACUGCUCUGGCAAUUUUCAGAAUUGGUUUUCUCUGCUCAAUAAUUACAAGUAUAUUGUUAUAUGAAUCAUAUCCAGAUUUAAUAAUGCCUAAAAAACUGGUAAGAGAAAUUAAUAUUUCCUGGACAGUUACCAAUCAUUUCAGCAUCUGGCUUGCUACAAGUCUCAGCAUUUUUUAUUUUCUCAAAAUAGCCAUGUUUUCAAACUCUAUUUUUCACUUAAAAAGGAGAGUAAAACAAGUGGUAUUAGUGACAUUGCUGGCAUCUUUCCUCAUCUUCUUUUCAAAUAUUUUAAUCAUAAACAGAUGUACUGAUGGCUGGAUUGGUGUACAUGAAGCUAAUGUGUCCUACAGGAUUAUCUUAAGUACUGCUGCUCGAAUUUCUAGGCUUAUUCUACUCAUCAACACUAUUUUCACACUUAUACCAUUCACUGUAUCUCUGACAAUGUUUCUCCUUCUCAUUUUCUCUCUAUGGAGACAUCUGAAGAACAUGCAGGGCAAUGUCACAGGCUUCAGAGACAUCAGCACUUCUGCCCACAUAAAGGCCCUGAAAAUGGUGGUCACCUUCCUUUUAAUGUAUACAAUUUUUUUCCUGUCAAUUCUUUUGCAGUUUUGUAACCUUAAAUUUCAAAAGAAAAAUUUCUUUACUCUAUUUUUCUCUGUUACUGGAAUUGCCUUUCCUUCAGGCCACUCAUAUGUCCUGAUUCUGGGCAACACUAAGCUUAGACAGGCAUUUCUUUCUAUGGCAUGGUGGCUGAGGUGCAGGCUCAGGGAUGCAGAACCCUCAGAUUCCUAA